CGUCCUCCAGUGUGCACCAGUGAAGCGAGAGGAGCGCUUGUUGGAGUCAACUAGACAGCCUACUGGCAACGAGUGGCGAUUUCUUUUUUACUGCCUCAGCCAGCCUGGAUAUAGGCUUCUGUGUGCUGCUGCAGCUCAGACUGAAAUGAACGUACACUAGGCUCUGGCAUCGUUUCUUCCCACUGGCUUUUGGUUACAUCUUCAACGGAUCUUUCCUUCUUUUUUUUUUCUUUUUAAAUGUGUUGCAUGGACUAAUAAUCGGGAUACGUGCAGAACCCUAUUGUUUUUCCAAGUGAGAUACGAGGAAAUUAAUUAGUAAGUAAAAGCUUCCAGACUUGCAGAGGGGAUGUAAGACUAAAUCUGCUGGAAAUAAUAAAACAAACAAAAGGUAACCGGGACUUGAGUGAUGUGAUGAGACAUCCCUGCAAUUGCACCCUUGUUCUUUAGGAGAAGAUAUCCGGACUUAGGCUGUCGAAUAAUUUUGUGACUGCAGGUCCUUGUAGCUUUUUUUUUUUUGCAGUUUGAAAGCCUAUUGCAGCUCGACCGAAGAGGAAAUGUUUUGUCACUGCUUGUAAUAUAUCCCACAGAGCAAGAUGUUUAUCCGAAAUGCGACUUAAACACUGACUGGCAUCAAGGCGGAGAAUUGAACACGGACUUUUGAGCCCCAUUACUUCAUCGGCGCGGAAGAUUUUUAUUUUUAAUUUUUCUUUGUGGACUUGCUCACAGGAAUUCUCAUCUUUGCGUCUAUGCAGUCCGAGCAUUUUCCUCCUUUCAGACGACUUGAAAAUGGACAGUUCGUCUUAUGAGUUAUGUGUAAGAGCAGUUUGCCGCUUGACAAGAGCUGCACGGAUUUAUGCGACUAAACCACUAUUGUGAGAAGAUUCAGCAUGUUUUCACAGAUCUGUCGUCCCCAAUGUUUCGUGCGCCGCAGUAGACCGGAGGAUGUGCUCUGCCUGAGAAGAGUAAAAUAGGCUAAAGGCACUUGUUAGAAUUCUAGCUUUCACAUCAUGAUAUAAUUUGCACAACACGAGAGAAAUUCAAACACUUUUUUCUUCCUCCCUGGACAUUUCAAUGAGAUGAUUCAUUCGCGUAAUUCUUCUAGUUUUCUCUGACGUGCAACCCUGUGCGUAAUUAUCAAGGUCUUUAUUAGACACUGAAAAAAAACUCAACAGGUACAAUGCAAACCAAGGAGAUGGAAUUAAUACAAUUAACUGCUGUGUUCCUCUUGUUUUGGGUCGGAACUGAGGCUGUUAUCAACCUGAAGUAUGGAAUAAACGAGGAGAUGAAGCCCGGGUCAGUGAUUGGAAACGUGACAAAGGACGCUCUAAAGCAAGGAUUUCAGAUUGCACCACAGCCCCCGUACUUGAGGGUUAUUUCCAAUUCAGAACCGCGAUGGGUGGAACUGAGUCCAGCCGGAAUCCUUACAACCCAAAUGAAAAUAGAUCGGGAUGUAGUUUGUCGGCAGAACCCAAAGUGCAUUAUUUCCCUAGAAGUGAUGUCAAACUCUAUGGAGAUCUGUGUCAUCAAAGUUGAAAUAGAGGAUUUGAACGACAACGCACCCAGAUUCCCAACGAGCCACAUUGACAUUGAAAUUUCAGAGAAUGCCUCCCCUGGUACCAGGUUUCCCCUAGAGGGGGCAAGCGAUCCGGACUCGGGAAUCUUUGGAGUGCAGUCAUAUUCCAUUACCCCAAAUGAGCUUUUCGGACUAGAAAUCAAGACCAGAGGGGAUGGGUCCAAAAUCGCAGAGCUUGUUGUGCAAAAAUCGUUAGACAGGGAGACCCAGUCCCAUUAUACAUAUGAAAUCAGCGCAGAAGAUGGAGGAGACCCCCCAAAGAUAGGCGCGGUCCAGUUAAAUAUCAAGGUGAUUGAUUCUAAUGACAACAACCCCGUUUUUGAUGAGCCGGUGUACACAGUUAAUGUGAUGGAGAAUUCCCCCAUCAAUACAUUAGUCAUAGACCUGAAUGCAACGGAUCCUGACGAGGGCACUAAUGGAGAGGUUGUGUACUCGUUCAACAGUUACGUCACCGAGAAAACGAGGGACGCUUUCAAAAUUGACCCCAGAACCGGGAUCAUCACCGUCAACGGUGUUUUGGAUUAUGAAACAACGCAAAUAUACGAGAUCGACGUCCAGGCCAAAGAUUUAGGUCCCAACUCCAUCCCAGCUCACUGCAAAGUCACAGUGAACGUGAUGGAUACGAACGAUAACCCACCUGUCAUCAGUUUACUCUCACUGAACACCGAGAUGGUGGAAGUUAGCGAGAACGCGCAGCGUGGAUAUGUCAUUGCGCUGGUGAGGGUGUCAGAUAAGGAUUCCGGGGCAAACGGCAAAGUGCAGUGCAGGCUGCAGGGCAACGUUCCGUUCCGGCUGCAAGAAUACGAGAGCUUCUCCACUAUACUUGUUGAUGGCAGGCUGGACAGAGAGCAGAAGGACACAUACAACCUGACCAUCCAAGCGGAGGACAGUGGCAUCCCUCCUUUACGCGCCACGAAAUCUUUGGUGGUCAAAGUCACGGAUGAAAAUGACAACCCUCCCCACUUUCUUAAGCCACACUAUCAAGAGAUGGUGAUGGAAAACAACCUCCCUGGCUCGUGUCUGCUCGCAGUAUCAGCAGAAGACCCGGACCUGGGCAUGAAUGGCACAGUUUCCUACUCCAUAGUCCCUGGUGAGAUUAAGCACAUGGAUGUAAACACUUAUGUCAGCAUAAACCCAUCAGGCCGCAUUUACUCCAUGAGAUCAUUUGAUCACGAGUACACCAGGACUUUUGAUUUCAAGGUUUUGGCCAGAGACAAUGGCAACCCCUCCCUGUCCAGUAACGCCACGGUGCGUAUUGUGGUGCUGGAUGUCAAUGACAACACACCUGUUAUGACAAACCCCCCGCUGGUGAAUGGCACGGCGGAGGUUUCCAUCCCCAGAAACGCUGGAGUGGGUUACAUGGUGACCCAGGUGAAGGCAGACGACUACGACGAGGGGGAGAACGGCCGGCUGACCUACACCAUCUCAGAGGGAGACAGGGCUUUCUUUGAGAUCGACCAGGUGAACGGAGAGGUGCGCUCCACCAGGAUGUUUGGAGAAAACGCCAAAUCCACCUACGAGAUCACGGUGGUGGCGAGGGAUCACGGCAAGCCCUCCCUGUCCGCCUCGGCCUACAUAGUGGUGUACCUCUCCCCAGACCUGAACGCGCAGGAGCCUAUGGGACCUGUCAACCUGUCCCUCAUCUUCAUCAUCGCCCUGGGCUCUAUCGCAGCCAUCCUGUUUAUCACCAUGAUUUUUGUGGCGGUCAAGUGCAAGAGGGAUAACAAGGAGAUCCGGACGUACAACUGCAGUUUCUUCUACCUGCGCAGGGUGGCGGAGUACUCAUAUGGCAACCAGAAGAAGUCCAGCAAGAAGAAGAAGCUGAGCAAGAACGACAUCCGCUUGGUGCCACGAGACGUUGAGGAGACAGACAAGAUGAAUGUGGUGAGUUGCUCAUCUCUCACCUCCUCGCUCAACUACUUCGACUACCACCAGCAGAGCCUGCCGCUGGGCUGCAGGCGCUCCGAGAGCACCUUCCUCAACGUGGAGAACCAGAACUCACGCAAUGCAGCUCCCAACCAUGGCUAUCAGCACCCGUUCACGGGGCAGGGUCACCAGCAGCCAGACCUCAUCAUCAACGGCAUGCCACUGCCAGAGACGGAGAAUUAUUCCAUUGACUCCAGUUACGUGAACAGCAGAGCCCACCUCAUUAAAAGGCCCCCAUGUAGCACAUCGACAUUCAAGGACCUGGAGGGGAACAGUCUGAAGGACAGUGGCCACGAGGAGAGCGACCAGACCGACAGCGAACACGACGUCCAGAGAGGACACUAUGUUGACACGGCUGUCAAUGAUGUGCUGAACAUGACUGUCCCCCCCAAUAUUUGCCAGCUGCCAGACCAAGAUCCCAGUGAGGGUUUUCACUGCCAGGACGAGUGCCGCAUCCUAGGCCACUCUGACCGCUGCUGGAUGCCUCGUGUUCCGAUCCCGGCACGUGCCAAGUCACCCGAGCACGCCCGUAAUGUCAUUGCUUUGUCUAUUGAGGCCACCACAGUGGAUGUGCCACACUAUGAGGAUGGCACAACCAAGAGGACUUUUGCCACCUUUGGCAAGGAUGGGCCUGAAGAUGUGGAGCGGGGAGAGAUAAAGGGAAAGCGGACUCAGGAGUCUCAGGUGUGUAGCCCUAAGGCUAAUGGAGGGGCUGUUCGUGAAGCUGGCAAUGGGCGUGAGGCAGCCAGCCCCAUCACCUCCCCUGUGCACCUGAAGAGCCCAGUAUCCAAGCCGUCAUCUGCCUACAACACACUGAAAUGCCGCGACGCAGAGCGAAUUGCCAACCACAGCCUGCUGCGGCAGCCGGAGGGAAAGGACAGUGAGCCGGCUGUCAGGGAGAUCAACACGCUUCUCCACGAUGGCCGAGACAAGGAAUCCCCCAGCAGCAAGCGCCUGAAGGACAUUGUGCUUUAGCGAGUUUCUCUGCGACACACACCAACAUGCAUACACGCAUACAGUGUAAACUCACGUAUCGUAUAUAUACCCCGCAAUAGCUGUGUGUACACAGAAGGAAAUCAGGCUGUGGAAGUAGAGAGACACACCCAUUUGCAGUAUACAAAAUUCAAGAACCAGCUUGGGCUGAUAAUGACAAACUGUAGUAUGCUGCAGCUAGUUGUGUGCUCGAGCCCAGGUAGUGGAUGUGGCUUUGUUGUAGUCGCAGUACUUUUUCCUUGUUUGCUUUUUGUUCAGUUUCCUUUCUAUCAGUCUGCAACGAGUGGACAGGCAGGUUACUGUUGACCGCGUGGACACGGCCAGUGGAGCUCUCCAGCCCUCGAGCCAAAGCAGGACGCUACAUGUUUGGACGCCUGAGGUGCCAGUUCGUACGUACAGUUAUGCCUUUUGAACUACUUUUGUAUCACAAACUGACAUUUGCCUUCUUUGGUUUUGCAGUCUGUUUUAGCUGCCAAAAUCGCUCUUUGUUUCUUUGUAUAGUGAGCUCCGUCACUGUAAUAAACAGCAACAGAUAUACACAGGAUUCAUCCAAAAGUAUCAUCAAUUUACUCCUUCAGCAGUUUUCAAUACAUUCAGGAGAAGAAACGGGAGGCCUCUUGGUCUCAUUUGCUCCUCUCCCUGACUAAUAAGAGAAACUUUGUCUGCGUAUCCCUGAGGACAUCCCAGUGUCAUCAGACUGUGAGGUCCUUGCAGUAUUUAUAUUUUAUCACGGAUGGAGCUAAAUGAACUCUCGCUAUCUGCCAAGCCACUGAACACUGGAAGUGGGACAGACAGACCCUUGUGUUCAAAUUGAGCUGUAUGAAAAAAAAAGACUUACUGCUUUUGAAAUCUCCUGUGCCCAACCUUGAUUGUAGCCAGUGGAGCACAAAUUAGAACUUUGUGCUUUGGUCUUGUACUUUUUUUGACUUUUGACUAUGGGGCUAGGAUAGAAGGGAUCGUCACUCAUGUCUUGCUAUGUGAAACUCUGUAUAGGGUUUACUAUUAUCAUUUUUAAUAACCUGUUGUUAUGUGACAAUCCCUUUAAUGUUUUGUUUCAAGAGAAAAAACAAAUAAACAUUGGUGUUCAACUGAAGCUACAGUAGCGUUUGUUACACAAACACAAAAAUAAAAAAAACAUAUAUGCCAAAAUAUAUUUUAUAAAUAAUUUAAAAAUGUAUAAUGAGAAUAUUUAAUGCUGUGUAGUUAUUUUAUGAGUAAGUUAUACUUGAAAUUAACUUGCUUUUGUUCAUUUGUCUUUUGCUUUUAUAUUGAACCUGAUUUGUUUUUUUAUUUUCAAAAUGAACUUGGAUUAUUUUUUGUUUACUGUGUGAUCCCUGGCAACUGUUGACUUGCAGUCUACCUUGUUGUAAAGAGUUUCUUAUUGGUCAGUUCUUGUGCCAUCCAGUUUCUGUGUGGGCUACUAGAAAAUGUAAAAAGACAAAAAAAAGCAACAAAAAAAAGCUAUUACAGCACCAACAUUAGUGUGUCAGUUCAAUGAGCUUAGAGUGAGAUAGCAAAAGAAACCAAAAAAGAGACGCAAACAAAACCUUAAAGAUUGCAGGAUGUUGCUUAAUCUUAGUAUCUAAGGGAGAGAAAGAACAGCUUCCAGUGUUCUUCAGGCUGUAACAGGGUUCCACCUAUUUUAUCUGUGCAAUAGGUCGGCAUUCCUAUUGGGCCCAAUCAAGUUUAAACACACUUUUUUUCUGCUUCAACCGAGGGCAUUUUGAUGUGCAGGCUUGCUUUGCUCAGCACUGCUGUCGCCCUGUGCCAUCUGUGUUCAGCUGAUCUCAAAGAUAAGUUUCAGACCACAGUGGUAUAAACAGGGCUCUCCCUCCUACAAGCGCCACACAACAGACUGGGUGGAAUCAUGUUCGAACGAACUAAGGUCUUGGAAGAACCGUGUUGCACAUCAGCAAUGUGGUUUUAUGUUGCUUUGCAGUAAACUAUGUACAAUGUGGAAAAAUAUGAAUGAACAUGGACAAAUUGCAUACAACAAACUAGAUCUUGUAGCUGAAUGUUUUGCUGGUCUCACCCAUGGCUUCUGGCAACAUGAAAAUCGGAAUAAUCACUGAAUGUAUACAGCAGCUUAUAAUUAAACUAUUAAAUGUU